AUGGGUUCAAUUCAAGCCAACCCAGCAAGUGAGUCCUUUGAAGCUCAAGCUCACUUGUAUAAACACAUUUUCAGCCACAUUAAUGGUGCAGUUCUUAAGUGUGCUGUUCAGCUAAGAAUUCCAGACAUAAUCCACAGCCAUGGCCAACCCCUUACUAUUCCUCAAUUAGCCUCCAAACUUGAAGUUCAUCCAACCAAAACUGCCUCUAUUGAGAGGCUUGUUCGCUUACUGGUGCACAAUGGUUUCUUAGCACAAACCAAGGUGAACGAGGAGGAAGAAGAAGAAAAAAAGGCAUAUUCUCUCACUCCAUCUUCUAAACUACUCGUCAAUGAUUGCAAGUCAAUCUUCGACGGACUUGAAACCCUGGUUGAUGUAGGAGGUGGAAUAGGAACCACUUGUAGGAUAAUCUCUGAGAGAUAUCCAAAUUUGAAAUGCAUAGUGUUUGAUCUUCCGCAAGUUGUUGAAAACUCUUCAGGAAGCCACAACUUGAGCUAUGUUAGUGGCAGCAUGUUUGAAUCCAUCCCUUCUGCUGAUGCUAUUUUGUUAAAGUGGAUAUUACACAACUGGGAUGAUGAAAGCUCCAUAAAGAUACUGAACAAAUGUAAGGAGGCAAUUUCAAAGAAAGAUGAAGAAGGAGGAAAAGUGAUAAUCAUUGAUGCAGUGAUAAAGGAAAAGGAAGAUGAGAAUGACAUGACACAAGUGAAACUCUUGUUUGACAUUUUGAUGAUGAGUACUCUCAAUGGAAAAGAGAGAACUGAGAAAGAAUGGAACAAACUUCUGGUCUCUGCGGGCUUCAAACACCACAAGAUUACUCCUCUUUUUGGUUUUAGGUCAAUCAUUGAGGCUUAUCCUUAA